AUUUUUGAAUAGCUGUCUACUUUGCUCUGCGAUUGGCUGGUAACCAGAUCAGGGUGUAUCUUAUGCCCAUAGUUAGCUGGGAUAGGCUCCAGCACCCCCAUGCCCCUCAUGAGGAUAAGCGGUACAGAGGAUGAAUGAAUAAAUGAAUCUCUACUGUACUGAACAUUGUCCCUGAAAGGGUUAAAUUUAACAGACAGAUGGCAUAAUUACGUUAAUUAACUUCAUAGAUUAUAAUACAGUACAUUUUUAGCUUUUGUGUUUCUCCUGCUCAUGCAAUUUGUUGCUCGGCUUAAGGUUCAUGCAUUUACAUCACAAAUGGCACUUUGUCAGAAUAUUAUGUAGAUUACUUGUCUGUAUUUGUGAGAACAAAAAACGAGGUACCCUAGUUUUAUUGAAACUCUGAAAAGUGGAUUUGUGUUGCAAAGUGUGGUUAUUUGAUGCAGACAGAAAAAUAACAAGGGACGAUAACAAACAGUGUGAAUCAUGUUAUAUGAAAUUAGAAAAAUAUAAAGUAAUGCAUAUUUUGUAUUAUGAACAAUAUACAAGACUACAUUACAAAAGGAGUACUGUACCUGCGACUUUUUCCAAAAGUUGUUUGGCUCUGUCUGUUUGAGCCAAUCCGAAGUGGCCGCCCUCGCGCUCCCCUCCCCAAAUCGACCAAUGGCAAAGCGACUAGCGGCAAUAUCGCGCCCCUCCAUUCAUGUGGCACCGCCCUAUUGCUGCAGCCCACCACCGCCCGCUACCACCACAACUCGGAGGGUGGACCAGAGUGAGCAAACAAGUGAUCUCAUAGCAGCAAGAGCAAAAGAGUGGCCGUGUUCGUGGAGGAUCUCCUCGUCAUGUGAGGCCCACAUUGAACGUUCAACCACAGGAAGCAUGUUUAGCGGGAAAUCGAGCAAGUCAGGGAAGGGAGAGCCUCACGUCUUCAAGGAGAAGACUUUCAAGAAGAGGCGUCAGUGCAGCGUGUGUCACCAGAACUUGGACAACGUGGGCUCAUUCUGCCGAGUAUGCAAGACAGCCACUCACAGGAAGUGCGAGAGCAAGGUUACCACAGCAUGUAUCACAGCUCCUGCCAAUGAUUUGCAGCGCAGAGGAACAGCUCCGUCUCGAAAUGCCCAACACCUGGGUUCCACCAAGUCUUUAACUUACACCAAGCAGAGAAACACCCUGCCACGACAUCCUCUUAGGAGCUUCAGUGUGGACCGUGUAAUGGAGCGAGUGAUGGAGCGCCACUAUGACUUUGAUCUCACCUACAUCACGGAGAGGAUCAUCUCUGUCUUCUUCCCACCGAAGCUUGAAGAGCAGCGGUACCGCCUCAACCUAAAGGAAGUGGCCGCCAUGCUCAAGUCAAAGCAUCAAGACAAGUUUUUGCUCCUCAAUCUUUCGGAAAGGCGCCAUGAUAUGAGCCGACUGAAUCCAAAGGUCCACGAAUUUGGCUGGCCCGACCUCCACGCUCCGCCACUUGACAAAAUCUGCGCCAUAUGUAAGGCCAUGGAAACGUGGUUGACAUCUGACCCCCAACAUGUGGUGGUUCUGCAUUGCAAGGGUAACAAAGGCAAAACAGGAGUGAUCAUUGCAGCCUAUAUGCACUACAGCAAGAUCUCAGCUGGAGCCGACCAGGCUCUCAGUACUCUGGCCAUGAGGAAGUUUUGUGAGGAUAAGGUAUCCACUUCCCUCCAGCCAUCCCAAAACAGGUAUAUCUAUUACUUUGGUGGUCUCCUGUCAGGAGCCAUAAAGAUGAACAGCAGCCCUCUCUUCCUCCACCAAGUUCUCAUCCCGUCACUCCCCAACUUCCAAGGGGAAGGAGGCUACUACCCUUUCCUGAAGAUCUACCAGUCAAUGCAGUUGGUCUACACGUCAGGCAUUUAUGAUCUUCAAGGAAGUGGGGGAAGGCGACUAUGCGUAACCAUCGAACCAGCACUCCUGCUUAAAGGUGACAUCAUGGUCAAAUGUUACCACAGGCGAGCCCAAAGCGCAGACCGGGAUAAUGUGUUUAGACUCCAGUUCCACACUUGCACCAUCCACGGAGCACAGUUGUGGUUUGGUAAAGGAGAACUGGAUGACGCCUGUACAGAUGAGCGUUUUCCAUUGGAUGCCACAGUGGAGUUUGUCUUUUCCACUGGACCUGAGAAGAUCAAAGGCCGUGAGUACCACAAAAAUGACCCAGCUGUCACGGUUGAUUACAACACUGCUGACCCUGUAGUUCGCUGGGAUUCCUACGAAAACUUCAAUCAGCAUUACCAGGACAGUCUUGACGAUAUUGCCCACACAAGAGGUCCUCUCGAUGGCAGUCUCUAUGCACAGAUAAAGAAGCGCCGGGGCCCAAAUUCUGGUUCUCUUUCUUCAACAAAUGGCAGCAGCCCCGGAGCAGAGGAUAGACCUGAUCAAUUCCUUCCUCGCCGCUCUGACUCCGCUCUUUCGGCACAUUCUAGCCCUUUUAAGCAAUCACCCAUACAUCCCGACCACCCUGAGGAGCCAUUACGUCCACCGCCUCCUACUAGGCAAGAGCGAGAGGAGCUUGAACGUCUUCUUGGAGGCAUAGAGGGAUGCAGAGAUGCAGAGCGAGAGACAGCUAUCUUGGAUGAUGGUGAUUCGUCACCUUCGGAACGGACUGAGACGCUGAGGCUCAGUCGCUCCUGUUCCUGCCGGGAUGGAUAUCGGUCACAGCGCUGUGCGGAACCUGGUUGCGACCAGACCCUCCUAAUGCCAAAUGGUUACUGCCUUGAUCGUGCGCCUGGUACCAACGGGCACCAUGGGGCGACUCCUCCAAUCCCUAACUCAGCUGUUCCUCCCUCGCACAUGGACCUCUGCCAGCACUACAGUCCCCACCCUCACCAAUCUCUCCCACCGCCUGACCUGGUGUGGGAUCGCCAGAGCAAUCAGCAACACUGCCUGCACCGCUCUUGCUCUGAAGCUACCUCGUCACAUCAUCUCUACUCCUACCCUUCACUCGACCCCCAUAACCAUGCUCACUAUCCUCUGUCUGCACCAGGUCGUCUUUGCUGCAGAGAGGAUGAUUACAGUCCUUAUCACCAUCCGCCGCCUCACGGCCACCACCAUCCCCACCCUCACCAUUCCAAGUCCUCCACCACCCCACCCUAUCACGAUGUCAUGCUAAUGGAUGGUCUGCCAUCCCCCGGUUGCUCUUGCAGGGACUGCGGCAUCAGGAGAGAAGAAGCAGCAGCGGCCUAUCACAGCCUGAGGCUCGAUAGGGGCAACGGUUUUCACUGGGAUAGAGAGGAGGCAGGGCUACGAAGAUCCAGGGAAACAGAGUUAACCCGAGGCGGCUCGGAGAGCCACUGGGAUAGACGUGGUCGAGAGUUUUCUCUCCCUUGGGAGCGAGACAGAGAGGCAGAGCUCCAGUGGGAGAGGGAGAGAGAGGCGGAAUAUUGGCACAAGCGGGACACCAUUGCAUCCUAUGGACCACAAGGUCACAAUCUACCCGCUUUCACAUUUGACCCCUUGCCAUCAUGUCACCCUUCUUAUCCAGAGGCAUCGCGGUCCCACGCUCAUUCUCACCUUGACCUCAAAUACAGCAGCAGCAGCAGUGGCUAUCAAACACCUCGUCAGAUGUGCCCAUGCUCGCCUUACCAGCCGUCGCCGUCUGAAAGCAGGGGCUAUGCCUCAGGCUAUCAGUCUGAGUCCACGUCGCCGUUGCCACCAACAUCCUCAAUGAUGGGGCACUGUAGCCAUAACAGUGGUUCAGCUGAGCAUAAUCACAGUCACCACCGUCACCAUCCAGACACACAACAGUCAUACUGCUCUGACUCACACACUGACGGCCUUCGACACUCAAGUGAAAGUGUUGGCUGGAGAGACCACAUCACCAAUGGUUCCUUUAAAAGGGCCAACAGAGAAGGCCAUGGUGUGUGCUCUACUCCGUCAGACAUGUCUGGACCGUCCACUCCAGUCCAUACCAGCAGUCCACUACGUACACAGGAAAGUCCCAGUCCAGGGAAGGAAUAUGAGGUCCGGAAAAAAGUAAUCAGCAGUGAUCACGAGGCUAGAGAGCCCCAGGAUGGGCACUACUCCUCUGGUAACGUCAUCCAGGAAUCCACGGAAAAUCCAACAAGUAGCACGGACCCGUCAGUGGCACCAAUCAAAAGCCAAGCAUCAGACACGAACUCACCCAAUCAAACAGACUCCCACAACCACUGCACUACACCAAAUAUUCCGCCCCCUCCAAAAACUGUCCAACAGCAGCACUGCAACCAUGAGGCACCAUCAUCAACCCGCAACACGUGUUUGAACUCUGAGACGACAGUUGCGUCAAGCCAGGGAUAUGUCGUCCGCGCCCCUUCAUUGGCUGACCACCCCCAACAUCACAAUUCAGAGACACCCCACCCGUCUGAGGCUGCCGCAGUGCCUUCCUCCUCGACUCAGGCUGUGUGUCACCCUCCAAGCCAGACACAGGCCACCAGUUCUUUUGAGAGUCCCUUACCUCAGGUCAAUGGUUCUUCUUCUCCAACCAGUGGCUCCUUCCCAGAAGCCUCCAAACCUACCAACGGCACCAGUUCUACAAGGUCCUCCACAACUCCUGCAUCAUCUUACAACCAGGCCAGCAGCAUGGAGGGAUCCCCUGUUUCAGAUAGUCCUGUGCCAGGAUUUGCCACUUUGGGAAGGAAGUUGAUGAUGGGUGGCUCUGACAUCCAACAUCCCAAUCACAUUCCUGUCCAGAACGGACCCCCUCACCACCCUUACUCAGGGAUUGAGCACAAUCCAACUUUAGACAUCAAUAAGAGGCACUGCUACUCUGGUCAUCCCCCACAGCUUCAUCAAAUAUCUGUCUCUAACUACUCCACCAUCUCAAUCCCCCUUCCUCACCCACAGCCGCCUCUACCGGAGAAGCGUCACGCUCACCCAGGCUCACCCAGUGAUGAAACGGAGGUUCUGAAACCAACCAUGAGCCACUCCCACAACUCUCAGCAUCAGCACCAUGUCACCUUUUCACCUACUGUGGGUGAGAUUGCACCUGGUGACCACCACCAAAGUGACACUGUGGUAUCUGAGGAUAGUGAGAAUGGAAACAGAGUCAGCGUGAAGUUUGUCCAGGAUAGUUCGAGGUUCUGGUACAAGCCAGGCAUCUCCAGGGAGCAAGCAAUCAUUGCUUUGAAGCAAAGAGAGCCCGGGACGUUCUUGAUCAGAGAUAGUAAUUCCUUCCAAGGGGCCUACGGCCUGGCAUUGAAGGUGGCCACACCUCCUCUUAAUGUCAACCAGCACAGCAACAAAGGAGGCGAUCCUCUGGAACAUUUGGUGAGACACUUCCUCAUAGAAACAGGGCCUCGAGGAGUCAAGAUUAAAGGCUGUCAGAAUGAGCCCUACUUUGGUAGUCUGUCAGCAUUAGUCUAUCAGCACUCCAUCACACCUAUCUCUUUGCCCUGUGCGCUGAAGAUUCUAGAAAAAGAUCUAAUAGGAGACGUCCCAGAGGUUCAGCCUGUGAGUAACAUCAGUACAGCUGCUGAUCUGCUCAAACAAGGAGCUGCCUGUAAUGUCCUCUACUUGAACUCUGUGGAAACGGAGUCUCUGACUGGGCCACAGGCCAUUGCCAAAGCAACAGAUGCCACAUUGAGUCGUAGCCCGCGCCCCGCCGCCACUGUUGUCCAGUUCAAAGUGACGUCGCAGGGCAUCACACUGACUGACAGCCAGCGCAGGGUUUUCUUCCGCAGACAUUAUGCAGUGAACAGCGUAACCUUUAGCAGCCUUGACCCCAAGGACAGAAGGUGGACUAACACAGACAACACCACUGUUAAAGUUUUUGGGUUUGUAGCCAAGAAGCCAGGCAGCUUGGCAGAGAACGUUUGCCACCUGUUUGCCGAGCUGGACCCUGAACAACCCGCAACGGCCAUCGUCAACUUCAUCAACAAGGUCAUGUUGUCACAGCGCCGAUAGAGAAGGCCACUGGCUCACAUCACAAUGCAAUAAGUCUAUUCGAUUUCUGUAUCACACCAGAUAGCUUGCUGAGAUGCGGGUUGGUUAAAAGGAUGACAUUAAAAUCUGUCAAUGCAUAAUUCUCACUGUCAAAAUCUGGAGAUCAUGAAGUAUGUCAUGAUAUUUGAUUGAUGUUGGGCAAACAAAACUUGCUUCCAAAAACCUUUUGAGUAUUUGACCGUACGCACUAUUAAAUUAUGUCUCUCUCCUAAAUGACAGAAUAUGCAUUUUAUUUAGCGGCAAUAGCAAAGGUAAAUAAUUAAACUGCUUAUUGUAAUUUGGACAAUACCGCACAAUGAUUUUUACUCAAUAUGCAAGUUCAUAAGUAUAGCACUGAUAUGCAUUUGUGGUUGUGUUUUUCUUUUCAUUUAUUUGUUUGUCCCCAAAUUGAAGUUGAAAACCAAGUGAACCAGCUGUGUGGCUCGAGACCAGAUUCAGCAGCGAACUACACAAUUUGUCAUGUCCCAACUAUUUCAAAUCCAUAAGAGACACCUCCAAUCAAAAGAGACCAAAGACCUGUUCUGUCAUUUAUUUACAUUCAUGAAGACAAUCCUGUUUAAUUCACUCCACUCAUACACCGUUAACAGGAACGAGUGUGAGACACUGCUGAACGUAAAUAGGAAUGUUAACUUUUGAACUGUGCGUGUCGGAGGCAGUUUGAAGGUAUUUAGGUGACCGAGCGUUGUUAUGUCCGAUAUUAAUUAAAGUAACGCAAGUGAAACGGGAAAUGGAGAAGUGAAGAAGGAAGUAUUGUUAUUGUACUAUUAUUGUAUUGAGCUACAUUGUCACAUGGCGGCCAAAAAUGUACUUAACCAAAGAUGAAGCACUCUUAUAUGAAUUAAUAAGCUUUUUAUUCAGCUAUAUUUUUGUACGUAACUGCUCCUUGUAGCUCUGCUAUGCAUUUAUUUUAGGUUUUUUUUUGCCUUUUUGGGGGAAAAAACCCCCCAAAACACUACAUUCAUUACAGCAAUAAUAUAUUGUGGUCUUUGUAUUUUUUUUCUCCAUGUGGAUCUCUAUAUUAUGUAGUAAUAUAUUUUCACAUGCAGCUAUAGGACCAUGUAUGAGACGUAACAAAAGGAAUGUUUUGUUUCUAUACUGCUAUUUUGUAUUCAGAAAACAGAAUAAAGUGAUCAUGAUGUGGUACAUAACUUGAGUUUUACAGUGAUUUUAUGUUGUGUUGGUGGAGAAAAGAAUGUUUGCAUUGUUUUAAUAGUAUUUAUUCCCAUUUCCUUUAAUAUUAAACUUUAGAACAUACAACUGAAGUCAUUAUUUGAAAACUUAUUUUUUAAAAUGGAUCAUUCAGAGAAAGCAUCAUUUUACAAAU